AAUCCACGGAAAGUGGUAAGGAGGGGGAGGGGGUGUCCCGUCUGCACGCGCAGACAGCAGACAGCAGCUGCAGCAAGAGGACCUCUGGUAACGUUCACUGCAUUGCUGAGAGUGACAUAUUACCAUUUAAACUUGACCAAUUCUAGAAUAACAUUGUAUUAACGACAGCUAAAAUGGUUGAUCGCGAGCAACUGGUGCAGAAAGCCAGGCUGGCCGAACAGGCUGAAAGAUAUGAUGAUAUGGCAGCAGCCAUGAAAUCGGUGACAGAGUUGAAUGAGGCCUUGUCCAAUGAGGAGAGGAACCUGCUCUCUGUGGCCUAUAAGAAUGUGGUAGGGGCGCGGCGCUCGUCCUGGCGCGUCAUCUCCAGCAUCGAGCAGAAGACCUCGGCGGACGGCAACGAGAAGAAGAUGGAGAUGGUGCGUGCGUACCGCGAGAAGAUCGAGAAGGAGCUGGAGACCGUGUGUCGGGACGUGCUCAACCUCCUGGACAACUUCCUGAUCAAGAACUGCAACGAGACGCAGCACGAGAGCAAGGUGUUUUACCUGAAGAUGAAGGGCGACUACUACCGCUACCUGGCCGAGGUGGCCACGGGCGAGAAGAGGGUCGGCGUGGUGGAGUCCUCUGAGAAGUCCUACAGCGAGGCCCAUGAGAUCAGCAAGGAGCACAUGCAGCCCACCCACCCUAUCCGCCUGGGUCUGGCCCUCAACUACUCCGUGUUCUACUACGAGAUCCAAAAUGCACCUGAGCAGGCCUGCCACUUGGCCAAGACCGCCUUCGAUGACGCCAUCGCUGAGCUGGACACCCUGAAUGAAGACUCCUACAAAGACUCUACCCUCAUCAUGCAGCUGCUACGAGACAACUUGACACUCUGGACCAGCGACCAGCAGGAUGACGAGGGUGGUGAGACCAACAACUAGAGAGUCCCUAAAGAGACUCCCGUGUCCUGUUUCAGCCAAUACACACAACACCCCGCUCCCUCACAAAUCACAACAAAAUAUGAAACCAGUUCUUAGAAAUAAAUGAUUUGGCUGGUGGAACUUUGGCAGCCACUUUUGCCGUUGAUGAUACUACCGCAGCUGCAGUUCUUCAUUUGUACACAAAUUAAAAAAGUUAAGAAAAAAUUGAAAGAGGAGUAGGAAGGGAGAUGAUUUUAGUUUUUAGUAUCGUUAAAAAAUAAAUAGUUGAACCCCUUCCUUCUUGAUUACCUCUGCGACAUUUGCCAAACCACUUAAGAGGAAGAAGUUCUGUAUCUCAAACAGUCAGUCUGGCUAUUUGUAGAGGCUAAAAGUAGAGUCUGGCUAUUUGGUUAGAAAUGACACCCUCAUACUGGCAUAAAGACUGUUCUUAUGGCACUAAAUGAAAUGGAGCUUCUUAUUUAACUGAUGUGGUGAGGGAGGAGGAGCAUUCAAAAUCGUAAGGGGAGAUAGAAGCUUGUGCAAAAAAAAAAAAAACUUGAAUGUCAUCGCCUCGCAAAAAGAAAGAGUUGCAAAUAGGUUCCAGAGAGGGAGAAAUAGGUAUCGUACCUCUAGCUAACCACUUCAGACUUACCAACAUGGAAUCUAAAAGGUGUGCAUCACCCUGUAAUGGUAAUCGUUGUGUGAAAGCAGGUAUCCUCUGUGAUUAUUGAACAUACAUAACCAAUGUUUUGUUCCCAUGAUGUCAGGAAUGUGUUUGUACUCAGUGACAGACUAUAUUACUGUAACUAAAGUAGUAAAUACACAGCCAGUGCAGCCCUCUAAUGCGCUGAUAUGCUAUACAUAAACAUUUUCAAGCACCUGGUUAUUAUUAUUAUUAUUAUUACUCUCCCCUUACCUAGGUUGUCACGGGUGCCAUAUUAAUAGAAUAUGAAACUAUGCUAAUACAAAGAAAAUCACUAAAACAACAAAAACAAUGAUCUUGCAGAGGAGAUCAUUUGAUAUUGUAAGACAACAGAAUAUUUUGUCCUAAAUUACGGUAUAUUCAUGUUUACAACAAUCUUGGAUCCAUGACACUGAGUUGACUGGAACCACAUACUCAGUGGACAAAAUACACAUUACCUGGCCUAUAUGGACACGCCUGGUGCCCAAAACUGAUGACGUAUGUCACACAGCUGUGAGUGGAGACGAAUGGAUUCGGUACUGACAGUCAGUCAGCCGUCCUGUUGAGCCCUUCCCAGCUAGCUAGUUUAUGCUGGCUAGCUGGCAACAACAGCAGCAUGGCACUAGUUAUAACUUGUAAAAGAAAGUGCUUUUUAUUUCCACGGAUGAAAUAACUUGUAGAUUGGUCACCAUCUGGAUGUCACCGUGCCAUGCCAAUUAGCUAACGUAACGACAAGCCGGUGUGAAUGACCAGUGCAACAGUGUUGUAUCGAGGUACUUCCCAGUUCCCACUGUUGCUUCCCACUGGGCAGCAGUUGCUUCACCAGGCAGCUGUAACACAUUUUCGCUUGCGGUAGCUAUUUGUUUCAUCCCACUUCAUUAUAUUUAGAGUAGGAUAGCAGCCUACACGAGAAAUCACUUGUAAUAUUGGUAGUAUAGUAUGUCACCGUGAUACAGUCUUCUGCUCAAUGGGGCACAGUGUGUCCUUCACCCCACUUGCUGACCACUGCUAUACUGCUGUAAGGAGAGGAAAGUAGCUAGAUAGUUUAGCCAAUAUCAGGCCGGGUGACAACUAAAGCACAGUUAUUGUAAUGAUUUUAACCGAAACAAAUAUUUCCGUUAAAAACAGAAUGAUUCUGAACACUCCCAAGUCCCAGCUUUGGCAUACAAGUAAAACAUUAUGUCUGAAGUUUCUAGCCACAAACAUAAACUAGCUAGCUGGGAAAAGCUCAUUAAGAUGCCUGACUGAAAUGACUAGACCGAAUCCGUUUGUUCCCACUCAACUCUCGCUGCGUGACAGUUUUGGGCACAAGGAAUGUGCAUAUAGUCUCUCCCAAUCUAAAAGCAUAUUUGAGAUUUGUGGAUUUUAUUUUUGUGUUAACUUUUUUAAUUGUCAAGAAAUGCACUUGCCUAUUAAACUGUUUCUUCAGUGUAAGACGAUAACUGCUCCAAUAUUCUCGAUAAUAUAAUAUUGUGCAUGCUGGUGAUGUAUUUAUAUACAGUAGCUUGACUUUAUUAUUAUUAACCUAUACUGUGGAUGUUACGUAUUCAUAUGAACAUGAAAUGACUAGACUUCAGUCUGAUUUAUUUUCUAUUUAUACUUUAUAUUGCAUUGUUGACAUUUUAUUUGAAUCUGUGUUUCCUUUACUCCAUUUGCUGAAAGUACGCUAUGCCAAAACAAUGAUUGUUAACAAUAAAUUGAUCUGUAAUGGACAUUGCUAUAGUGACAUGCAAUUCUUGUAUUUGUGCUUUUGCAUAACAAAAGGCGGAGGAUCCCAAAUAAUUAUAAUAAAAGCAGAGGAAAAAAAACACCAGUGUUAGCUCAACCUUCGACCUUACCGUCGGGAGGUUUUGUCAUAGUGACAUAUAGUGUAGAUGUAGAACGAUCACACUGUAAAAUAGUUCAUUUAUUUGAGUCACCUUUCUGUGCUUUUAAUGUCACAUGAUGCUGUGAGAUAGUCAAGAUUGAACCGUGUUUGAUUUUCUACGUAGGAAUACUCAUGAAACAUUAUUGUCGUUUUUUUUUUAUACCAUUUUUACUUUCAUCUGUCUUCUGCUAUCUUAAAUGUGAAUAAUGUAGCGGUUGCACAAGAGAAAAUAAUAACAACAAUAAUAACAAUGAUAAUAACAACUUCAUUCAAAUAUUGCAAAGCUCUUCUAACCACAUUUCAGUGCUGCUGUUGUUGAAAUCCUAUCGUCAUAUACAGCAGUCGGUGUUUGGCCUUUUCAGAUGACUUUCUGAUGCUGUUUUGCUUUGUGUUCUUACAAUGUUACUUCUUCUUGAUGAAUCCAAAGGGGCUCCUUAGAUUCCCAUUUUUGUCAUGGCAAUAUAAUGGAUACUGUUUUAGUACAACGAGGCAGAUGUAGUACUGUUAUAGCUGUUGUUCACUACAGGUAGGAAGGAAGGAAGAUAUACAGAUGGAUAGAUAUAGUUUUACAUUUAUUGUACACUAAAUAUAGUUACAUGUGCAUUUUAUAUAGUAUAUAAUGAGAUAUUUAUCAUAUAUUGUGAACACCUCUGUUGCAUCUGUUGUCAAUGCAGUUGUACAGUUGUUCAUGGAUGGCUAGAUACUGUAGGUAGGUAGGUAGGUAUGUAGGUAGGUAGGUAGGUAGGUAGGUACACGAAGGGUUCUUUGGCUGUCCCCAUAGGAUAAACCUUUUUGGUUCCCGGUAGAACCCCUUUGGGUUCCAUGUAGAACCCUCUGUGGAAAGGGUUGAACAUAUAACUCAAAAAGGGUUCUACCUGGAAAAAGGGUUCUUCAAAGAGUUCUCCUAUGGGGACAGCCAAAUAACCCUUUUAGGUUCUAGAUAGCACCUUUUUCUAAGUGUAGGUAGGUAGGUUUUAGAUAGAUAGAUAGAUAGAUAUUGUAAUUAGGUACAUAGCUAGGUCGCUAGAUAUAUAUUUUUAUAGUUUGGUGUUAACAAAUUAUAACAUAUACAUUUUGGAUAAGAAACAGCAAGCCACUGAGUUGCUCUACUGGAGAAAAUCUGCAGUAACUUAACUUGUGUUGUAGUGUACUGUCAUGUUGAAAAGCAGCAUUUGGUCCAGGCUUCCUCCAGUGCCACCCAAUGCUAUCUCUCAGAUUGUUCAGGGCCUCUUAACUAAAUGCUGCAUCUAAUCUAGCAUCUGGCACCAACAGUUCUCAACUGAAGUUUGAAAGCUGGUUACUCGCUUAUCCAACCACACAAUGCCGGUUUAAUGUAACAUCUGCCUAUGUCACAUCCUGAAAGCCAAACAGCUGGUUGUCCUCAGUGUGACAUCAUCAAACUGUGACCUGUUCAGCUGACCUGGAAACACAGUGAUGGUUAUGGUUGUCUGCCCUGCUAAGACAGUGAAGUGUAAAUUUAUUUAUUUGUUUGUUUGCCUAGUUCUAUUUUUUUGCCUAUUCUCCAUAUACACCUUUUUUGUCACGGUGACAUAACGGAUGAACAUAGAUGAACAAAUAAAUCUUGAUAGAAAGAACUAUGACAGAUGCUACAGGUUUACCAUCACAAUUGAUGAAUACAUUUAUAAUGCAAUCGGCAAACAGUAUUAGAUGUGAAUGUGACAUGAAUUUAAACAUGAAUUCACAUUCAUUUAGAUAUGAAUGUGAUUUUAAAAUCUUAUUCCAAAAGUAAUGCUCUUCUGUACCAUAAUAUUAUGAUCGCCCCUGACCUGGCUGAAGGUUAAGAUGCCUCAUAUGACUGAAACCCAAUGUUUUCUCGUCCAACAAAUGCAACACUGGUAUGUAUCAAUAAAACUGUUGGUUCAUAGAAAAUA